AUGAAAGGAUCACUAGAAAUAGAGCGCUAUGGCGUGAGAACCAGGCCUUACUCACCAUCAUCAUCAUCACCCUCAUCUCUCAUGAGCUCCAUCUUCACCACCACGGUGAACAUGGCGGCCAAAACCCUAGUCUCUGCUGCCUCUCCCUCCAAGAGCCCCUUCGCCCCUGCCACCCACCGGUGGCGGCUCUUCGACCACCUGCGCUUCAUGGUCAUGCUCAUGGCUUGGGUCACUCUCUGGUUCCUUAGGGUCCUCAUGGACCACUUCCCCAGCUUGGGCGGCCAUCUCCAGUAUCCUCUCCAGUCGGCUCGGCUGGCCUCCACCGUCGCCGGCUCCUUCAACUUCCCGCCUUUGCUGACCUAUCCGGCAGUGGCGAUGUCGGCAUCAGCGCUGGCGCUUCCAUCUUCUUCCUCGUCGCUGGAGAUGAUCCUGCGGGAGGAUGCCGAUGGUCCCUCCAUUCGAGCCCUAGGCCGAGCCCUUUCCCAUGUAAGUGCAUUUGCUUAUUUACUAGCUAUAUCCGGCGAGCCUACAAUUACAAUAAAUCUGGGCGAUUCGGAGAAUGUUAGAGAAAUCAAGAUUGGAGCUGGCCUUUCUAAAAUCAAGAUUAGAAGGAUGGUUGACCUUUUAAAAGAAUACCAAGAUGUGUUCGCGUGGUCAUAUGCGGAUAUGCCGGGGUUAGAUAGAGAAAUUGUAGAGCACGCUCUACCAACUGAUCCGAGUAUCCCGCCGAAAAAACAAAGGCUCAGAAGAACAAAGCCCGAAUUAUCCAAGAAGAUCGAAGAAGAAGUCAUGAAGUUGUUGAAAGUGGGCUUCAUAGAAGUGUCGCACUAUUCUGACUGGAUCGCCAAUGUAGUCCCCGUUAUGAAGAAGGAUGGUCGGGUCAGGGUUUGUAUUGACUACCGCGAUCUGAAUCGAGCAAGUCCGAAGGAUGACUUCCCGCUGCCUCACAUCGAUGUGUUGGUCGACAGCACCGCGGGAUUUGAGCUAUUUUCUUUUAUGGAUGGAUUUUCUGGCUAUAAUCAAAUUCGGAUGAAAGAAGAAGAUAAAAGUAAGACCUCCUUCAUUACCCCUUGGGGGACCUUUUGUUACAAGGUAAUGCCUUUUGGCUUGAAGAAUGCCGGGGCAACGUACCAAAGAGCAAUGGUCACGCUGUUCCACGAUAUGAUGCAUAAGGAGGUGGAGGUCUACGUAGACGAUAUGAUUGCCAAAUCCAAACAUGGAGAAGACCACAUCGAGGUGUUGCGGAAGUUGUUUGACCGACUUCGAAGGUUCAAGCUAAGACUUAACCCCGCCAAAUGUAUGUUUGGGGCAAAAUCUAGGAAACUAUUGGGGUUCAUGGUCAGUAGUCGAGGCAUUGAAAUUGACCCGUCAAAGGUUAAGGCCAUUUGUGAUUUGAAGCCUCCUUCAACUGUCAAAGAGAUUCGGAGUUUGCUAGGAAGACUCAACUAUGUGGCGAGAUUCAUUUCUCAAUUGUCUGAGACGGCUAAACCUUUUUUCAAGCUCUUGAAGAAAAAUGCCAAAGUUAAGUGGGAUACUGAUUGUCAAGAGGCAUUUGAGAAAAUAAAACAAUAUCUUUCUCAUUCGCCGGUCCUGGUGCCACCCGUCCCUAGAGUGCCGUUAAUACUCUACCUGACUAUUCAUGAUGAGUCGUUGGGGGCCUUGCUAGCUCAGAAGAGACCAAGCGAUGACAAAGAAUGUGCGGUAUACUAUCUCAGUAAGAAGUUUACUUCAUCCGAAAUAAAUUACCCCGGAGUUGAAAAAACAUGUGCGGCUUUGGUGUGGGUAUUACACCGCUUACGCCAAUACACACUCCAUCAUCGGAUCCUACUCGUAACUGAGAAUGAUCCCAUCAAAUAUUUGCUGGAAAAACCUGCGUUGGUCGGAAAGUUAGCAAAGUGGCAAGUUCUAGUGUCCGAAUUCGAUGUCCACAGCAUGACGCAGAAAUCUGUCAAGGGAAGAGCUAUAGCUGACAUGCUGGCAGAAAACAUCGAAAGGUCGGAAGACCAUGAUCAGUCAGAUCCUAUAGAAGAGCGCAUUUCAGAGAUAGUGGACGAUAAGUGGACUAUGUACUUCGAUGGUGCCGUUAACCUGGCUGGUUCUGGGACUGGAGCAGUUCUUAUCUCCCCGACGGGUCAACAUCACCCUGUGGCCGCCAAGUUGGCAUUUCCUUGUACCAACAAUAUCUCAGAAUACGAGGCUUGCAUACUGGGAUUGCAAUUGGCCGUCAACAUGAAAGUUAGGAAGCUGCAGGUUUACGGCGAUUCCGCCCUCAUCAUUCUUCAGACAGAGGGCCAAUGGCGAACCCGUGAUUCCAAAUUGAUUCCUUACCACGAAUUCCUUGAGGAGUUAAUAAAGGAAUUUGAUGAGAUUUCCUUUGAGUAUUUACCCCGAUCGCAGAAUCAGUUUGCCGACGCCCUGGCCACGUUAUCAUCAAUGUUGCAAGUCAUGGAAGGGUUAGACAUUGAGCCACCGAAAAUCGAAAUACCGACACGUCCCGCCAUCGUUCGGCGAUCGGGUGAAUAUCCUCCUGGAAGUGAACUAACAGAUCAGAAAUACAUAAGGAAGCUAGCGUCAAAAUUCUUCAUUAGUGGCAACGCUCUUUACAAAAGAUCCUUUGACUCAAUUUUGUUGAAAUGCGUCGAUGCCAGAGAAGCUAAUCAGUUGAUGAAGGAAAUUCAUGAAGGAGAAUGCGGUCCGCACAUGAACGGUCAUCUUUUGGCCAGAAAAAUCAUGAGACUGGGUUACUUCUGGAUGGCUAUGGAGGCUGACUGUAUUCGGCAUGUUCGUUAUUGUCAUCGGUGCCAAAUCUAUGCAGAUAAAAUCAAUGUACCGCCAAAUGAAUUGCGUCAAAUGUCCGAGCCAUGGCCCUUCUCAAUGUGGGGGAUCGAUAUGAUUGGGCCAAUUAAUCCUAAGGCUUCCAAUGGACAUCGCUUCAUCUUGGUAGCCAUCGAUUACUUCACCAAGUGGAUCGAGGCGAACUCAUAUGCUAAUGUCACCGCCAAGAAUGUGGCCAAGUUUAUUCGCCGUGACAUCAUCGCUCGUUAUGGAGUCCCGGAGGUGAUCAUCACUGACAAUGGCUCAAAUCUGAACAACAAGGUUGUAGAUGGCUUACUUAACGAGUUUCAUAUUCGUCACUUGAACUCCUCACCUUACCGUCCACAAAUGAAUGGGGCUGUAGAGGCAGCCAAUAAAAACAUAAAGAAGAUCUUGUCGAAGACUGCCGACAAUUACCGAGACUGGCAUGAACGUCUACCUUAUGCAUUGAUGGCGUAUCGAACUUCGAUCCGCACUUCGACAGGGGCGACUCCUUUCUCGCUCGUUUAUGGUAUGGAAGCAGUUUUGCCUGUGGAGGUUGAAAUUCCUUCAUUAAGGAUACUCUCACAAGCUGAGCUCUCUGAGGAAGAAUGGACUCAACAGAGAUAUGAUCAGUUGAACUUGAUCGAUGAGAAUAGACUAAAGGCUUUAUGCCACGGUCAAUGUUACCAAAAGCGAGUUGCCAAGCCUUUCAAUCGCAAAGUCCGGCCUCGACAUUUUAAAACCGGAGAUCUCGUACUAAGGAAAGUGUUGUCCAUCACACCCGAAUUAGGUGGGAAGUUCGCUCCAAAUUAUGACGGUCCGUAUGUCGUUAGAAAGGUUCUACCUGGGGGUGCUUUAAUUCUUGUAGAAAUGGAUGGCCAAGAGUUGCCAAAGCCUGUAAACGCCGAUUCGGUGAAAAAGUAUUUUCCUUGA